AUGAUCGCCACCGGUGGCCUACUGAGGAUAUCCGCCAGAAAGCAGGAUCCCCUCCGGCCCCCCAGCCAGGUUCCUAAACGCAAGAGGAAAGCCAAGAAGAGGCGUAAGAACGACGUGGUGGUAGUGAAAGGCAAGCUAAAGCUGUGCUCCAUCUCGGGGCUUAUUGCCCUUUGCGGAAUCCUAGUGCUGUUGGUGGGUAUAGCCAUGGCCGUGGUGGGUUACUGGCCAAAAGCCAACGCAGCCAACAGAGGAGGCGGCAAGCAGCUACUGCCUGUGGAGGGUAGCCAUCGCUUUGGGACCACUGGCAACAACAGCAGUGGCAGCAAAAACCCAACCAAGAGCCACUCUGGGACCCCAGGGGGUGUCAACUCGAGUUCUGUGGGCGGGCCCAGGAGUUCGCCUCCUACUAGAUCUGCAGCCACAUCCCCUUCCUCCUCCUCCACCACCUCGGUGGGCUUCUUCUUCAGAAUCGUCUCAGGCUACUUGCACUCAGACAAGCUCAAGGUCUUUGGGCCCCUCAUCAUGGGUAUCGGCAUCUUCCUCUUCAUUUGCGCCAACGCAGUGCUCCAUGAGAACAGGGACAAGAAGACCAAGAUCAUCAAUCUGCGGGACCUCUACUCGACCGUCAUCGACGUACACAGCCUCCGCGCCAAAGAUCUGGCAGCAGCAGCAGCUGCAGCCGCUGCAGCCGCAGCUUCCUCCUCCACCGCCGCCCCCGGAUCUGCGCCCCCUAGGGCAGCGCCGCUCAAUGGCUUUCUCAGCUACGUGCAAUCUCAGGGUCUGGAGCUGAAACCUGGUAGCUGCACGGGCUCUGCAGAUGCCUUCGGGGCCACUGCAAUGCUGGCCAGAGGUUCAUGGCCCCAGCCCGCCGGGCUGGGAGGAGGUGGCGGUGUGACUCGAGAUGCAGGGUCCCCGCCAGACCUGGUUUCAUCUCCGCGCUGUCCUCGGGAGCCCCCGAGCCUGGCUGAGGCGGUGUACAGUAUCUACCGUGAGCGCUCCAGCGGGGCUGGCCGUCGCCGGACCACAGUUGCCGCGGUAGCUGCGGCCACUGCCACUGUCACCGCGGCCGCCAGUGGCAGCAGUAGUCCGGCGCCCUGCAGCCCUACCGGGAGUUGGGGUCGCCAGAGCACCGCCAGUUCCCUCGUGGGCUCCUCACUGAGCGCCUUUGCACUGCUGCCUUUGCAAGGGGACCGGGACAGAGAUGGGGACUCGGAGGGAGCAAGCUGCAGCUGGCACAGGCCGCCCGGGGAACGCGGAUCCCGGGAUCUCCCGAGGGAAGGACUGGACCUGAGCCUGACUGACCUCCGGGGAGCCGAAGGCGGGGCGCGCUGGGCGUCCGGUGAGCCUGAGGAGCCCGAGGGUUCGGCGACAGCAUGCACCGCCAGGGGGCAGGGCGGCCGCCUGCCCAGGACCGGCAGGUACGCGGCCUGGCGGCGCCGCAGCACCAGUGGGCUCCUGGACUACCGGGCUCAACCGUCGCCGGAGCCCCCGCCCUCCCCGCACGCAGCGGACCUGGACUCCAGCCCUCCGGAUUCAGCCGCCACGCCCUCGCUCCCUCUGUGCCCCGAGGACACGCCCCUCGUCCGUCGGGACUCGCAGGGAUCUCAGUCGGAUGAGCAGUCCUGCAGCAAUAAGGGCUACACCCCCCUGAGGGAGGCCGACACCUCUGUGGAGUCGGUCGUGGACGUGGUGGCCCGGAAAAGGCUAGACUGUGCGGAUGCCACGGAUCCCGGUACCGAGCCUAGCUCCCCGGAGCGGUCCAGUCCAGAGACAAGUAGGGCGGAGCAGCCUCGGUUUGUUCAGAGGCAGUUUACAAACAAGGAGAAACUCUUUCUGAUUUCCAGGUCUCACACCCCAGGAGUAGAGGACCCGGAACUGGAAAGCUCUUCUUCCACCUAG